AACCCAGCCUCAGUUCUUCACUUUCACCAACCAUCAUCACCAACCUCACCUUACACAAACCUCAGAAUUUUCCAAAGCCGCAACAUGUUUACCAUUAAAUCUCUCCUGUGGGUUCUUAUAGGUUUUAACCAAGCUUUCGCCGUGUCUUGGGAUCCGGAUAUGGACCCUAUUUGCAAGACAAAUCAAGGCUCGUUGAUCUAUCCAAGCCCGUCCAUAGCUGAUGGAUACACCUACCAAUUAUUGACAAACCAGCUGAAUCGUCCAAGAGAUAUUAUCUUCGAUACCAAUGGGAAUCUCCUCGUUUCUGGUGAUCCGGAUGGGAUCUUCGUUGUGAGAACCAGAGAGGUCGGGCGUGGGUGUAUUGUCUAUGAUGAGAAAACUCUUCUUGGUGGUACAUCCGGAUUGAAGCUAAAUCAUGGCCUGGCUCUUUCUAAGGAUGGGGGAACACUGUAAGUAUAUUCUCUGACAUUUUUUCUCUUUCCUUUUUUGUUGAAAAAAAUAAAAAUAGAAAAAUUAACACACUAAAUUUGGAUGGUUUCAAACAGUUUUGCGAGUUCUCCAGACAUUGCCUAUUCGUGGAAAUACGAUCCAAGAAUCCCAUCCAUAGACAGCUCUUCGAGAAGAAAAAUUGUUACCGGAAUGAACUCCGAGGGCCAUAUCACCCGUACACUGCUUACCAGCAAAUUAUACUCGGAUAUCCUCUUAGUCUCUAGAGGUUCUGAUGGGAAUCUGGACAUGGAUGCUAAGCACCUUCCUAAAGGGAAGUGCAUGAUUAAAGCAUUCAGUCUCUCGAAAACGGAGGAACAGGAUUUUUCAACACAGGGCAGCCUACUCGGAUGGGGCCUUCGCAAUUCUGUGGGAAUGGGAGAGGAUAGCCGUGGAGGUCUCUGGGCUGUGGAGAAUUCAGCUGACGACCUCCAAAGGGAAGGGAUUGACAUUCACCAGAACAAUCCGGCUGAGGAAUUAAAUUUUCUUGGGAACCUCAAGGAGACGGCUUUCAAGGAGGGUUAUGUUGCGCCAAAUUAUGGUAGGCCCCUAUGAUACGAUGUCGAAUACUGACUGACUUGUAUUGUUCAGGAUAUCCUUACUGCUUUACCACCUGGGAUCCAAGGGAUAUCAAGAACCCAACUUAUGAUAUCGGUGUUGGUGACCAGUUCGCUCUGGUCAUGAACGAUAGCUUCACAGAUUCAACGUGUCGUGACAAGUUUCAGCCCCCCCGUCUGAGUUUCCAGGCACACAUGGCACCUCUGGAUGUCAAAUUUCAUCCUCAUACCGGGAAUGCCUGGAUCUCGUUCCAUGGGAGUUGGAAUAGGAAUGUGCCCAUCGGGUACGUGAUCUCAGUAGUGGAGUUUCAGGGCAGCGAGCCAAAGGCGCCCAGGAAUUCGGACAACUCUAUAAAAAACAUCAUGUGGAAUGGUGAUACCGCUGCCUGCCCGGGUAAGUGCUUCAGGUGAGUAGAAAUUUUCGCAAAACACCUUUAGCUGCUACUAAAGAGAAUUCACAGACCAGUUGGUUUCGCUUUUGAUACCGCAGGGCGAAUCUGGGUAACUUCCGAUUCAACAGGCGAGAUAUACAUCAUCACACCGUCUCACUCAUCCCUGUCCGAGUCGCCUUCUCGCAACGACACCUCAGGCUCGGACACAUACUCCAAUUUCAGUAGGAGGCACUCGGCGGCUGCUACCCUCGUCCAUGGUGGUGUUUCCCUCACCCGGAUUACGGUUGGAGUAGCGGUUAUCUGUGUCUUGUUGUUGGGAGGAAGGAUUGCAUUGUUUUAAUGGGGAUCCCGUAGAAAAUGAAUAAAAUUUAAUCAAUCCAUU